CCAUAGAGGCAGUGAGAGAGACAGAUGUAACACAGCAGCCUUGGUUUGGCUCAGCUCAGAGACAGUAGGGGCGAGCUGAGUGAGAGAGAGAGACCAUAGCAGAGUGUAUGUUGUACAGGGAGACAGUAGCAGAGCUCUCUAUCUGCCCUAGGCUAGGUCAUGUCUGUUACUGUAACCCUCACACAACCUGUGAAGCCCGACAUGGAGCCAGGACCCAACAACAGAACAAUACAACAGGAGGGGAACACUGUCCCCUGCAGUCUCCAACCCUGCAGUCUCCAACCCUGCAGUCUCCAACCCUGCAGUCCCCUGCAGUCUCCAACCCUGCAGUCUCCAACCCUGCAGUCUCCAACCCUGCAGUCCCCUGCAGUCCCCUGCAGUCUCCAACCCUGCAGUCCCCUGCAGUCUCCAACCCUGCAGUCCCCUGCAGUCUCCAACCCUGCAGUCUCCAACCCUGCAGUCCCCUGCAGUCUCCAACCCUGCAGUCUCCAACCCUGCAGUCUCCAACCCUGCAGUCCCCUGCAGUCCCCUGCAGUCUCCAACCCUGCAGUCCCCUGCAGUCUCCAACCCUGCAGUCCCCUGCAGUCUCCAACCCUGCAGUCUCCAACCCUGCAGUCCCCUGCAGUCUCCAACCCUGCAGUCUCCAACCCUGCAGUCCCCUGCAGUCUCCAACCCUGCAGUCUCCAACCCUGCAGUCCCCUGCAGUCCCCUGCAGUCUCCAACCCUGCAGUCUCCAACCCUGCAGUCCCCUGCAGUCCCCUGCAGUCUCCAACCCUGCAGUCCCCUGCAGUCUCCACCCUGCAGUCCCCUGCAGUCUCCAACCCUGCAGUCUCCAACCCUGCAGUCCCCUGCAGUCUCCAACCCUGCAGUCCCCUGCAGUCUCCAACCCUGCAGUCUCCAACCCUGCAGUCCCCUGCAGUCUCCAACCCUGCAGUCUCCAACCCUGCAGUCUCCAACCCUGCAGUCCCCUGCAGUCUCCAACCAUGCAGUCCCCUGCAGUCUCCAACCCUGCAGUCUCCAACCCUGCAGUCCCCUGCAGUCUCCAACCCUGCAGUCUCCAACCCUGCAGUCCCCUGCAGUCUCCAACCCUGCAGUCCCCUGCAGUCUCCAACCCUGCAGUCUCCAACCCUGCAGUCUCCAACCCUGCAGUCCCCUGCAGUCUCCAACCAUGCAGUCCCCUGCAGUGUCCAACCCUGCAGGCCCCAACACUGCAGUCCCCUGCAUUCUCCAACCCUGCAUUCUCCAACCCUGCAGUCACCUGCAAUCCCCUGCAUUCUCCAACCCUGCAGUCUCCAAACCUGCAAUCUCCAACCAUGCAGUCUCCAACCCUACAGUCUCCAAUCUUGCAGUCUCCAACCUGUAGAGUGACAGACUGUAGCACUUAGCAACAGCCCACUAUAAAUUCUGUAAACCCUAUAAACACCCACCCUAUUGGCCCAAGACACUCAUAAAUAAAAUAAAAAUGAAUGUUUUUAGCGCAAACUCUCUACGAUAUUACUAUCGUACCUCUUUAUUUGUUCUAACGCGACACUCUGGAGAAGAUAGAAUUUGGACUAAACAGCUAACACAAAACCACUGCAGCCAACCCAGUCCAGUCCCUCUCUCACAUGCAGGUCCAACAAGUCGUAAUAACAAGCUUCUCUUUUGCUAUUGUUUAUCCUUGCUAGUGGGCUUAACUUGAUUCAUGAGGCCAGGGCAGCUUCCACUUAUAGAAGCAGCUGAUCCAUCUGAACUGUUGGCAACUACACAAUGAGAUUAAUAUCAAACAUAUUGGCUUUUGGACUUUAGGAAACGUGCACUUGUUGAGUUGAGGGGGAGCUACAUUCCACAGCUACAGAAAGUAAACCUAACCUAUGAUUGUGGACUAGCUUUUCCUGACCAGUGACCACAUGACCUGACAAGAAAACACUCCCUGCCCAUGAGGCUGGUGGCCUGAGGUUACCAUCUUAGAAUAGCUAAAACAUCACAAGACACACUUGACAACCCAUCCCAGCUUCGCUCAUGUUCCUUUCUCAUCUUUAUUUAACCUUUUGGGAUUGCUUCAUGCCUCACAUUGUCCCUGGGAUGCUAGAGUUUUGGAAGGGAAAGAGGCGAGUGUCAAUCGGAGACUAAUCUUUGUGACAUAUUUUCAUGUUUUCCUUACUAGUGAUUGUGAUCUGUAAUUUGUCAUUUAUUUGAAGUGUAAAUGGACACCUGCUGGUUUGGGAGCCUGGCAGUAAAUUACUGUUUGAACAUUUUCUUUGCACCCUGCAGAUUUCAGAGUAAGAUGGAGUAAGAAGUAACUACAAACGUUUUCGAACUUCACUGACAGAGAGGCUGAGGAGAGAAAUUGAGAGAGAGAGAGAGAGAGACAGACAGACAGACAGAGACAGAGAGAGAGACACACAGACAGACAGAGAGAGAGAGAGAGACAUAUAGGGAGAGAGAGAGAGACAUAUAGGGAGAGAGAGAGAGAGACAUAUAUAUAUAGAGAGAGAGACAGACAGACAGACAGACAGACAGACAGACAGACAGACAGACAGACAGACAGACAGACAGACAGACAGACAGACAGACAGACAGAGAGGGACGGACGGGGGAGACUGACAGAGAGGGACGGACGGGGGGAGACCGACAGGGAGAGAGAGAGAGAGAGAGAGAGAGAGGGAGAGAGAGAGAGAGAGAGAGAGAGAGAGAGAGAGGGAGAGAGGGAGAGAGAGAGAGAGACAGGGAGAGAGAGAGAGAGAGAGAGAGAGAGAGAGAGAGAGAGAGAGACAGACAGACAGACAGACAGACAGACAGACAGACAGACAGACAGACAGACAGACAGACAGACAGACAGACAGAGAGAGAGAGAGACAGACAGACAGAGAGGGAGACAGACAGACAGACAGACAGAGAGGGACGGACGGACGGACGGGCGGGGGGAGACUGACAGAGAGGGACGGACGGGGGGAGACCGACAGGGAGGGAGAGAGAGAGAGACAGAGAGAGAGAGAGGGAGAGAGAAUUGGCAAGAGAAAAAAAAAACAUUAUUGGCCCAAUAGUUCCAUCUUCCCAGUUUCUCUCCUGGAACUCUGAGGUCUUCAAGAACACCCUUAAGACCUUCAUCCCUACUCGAGCCCACUGUAGCCCCCCAGGAAGACCAUGAGAUCCUGCUCUGGCCCACUGUAGUCCCCCAGGAAGACUAUAAGAUCCUGCUCUGACCCACUAUAGCCCCCCAGGAAGACUAGGAGAUCCUGCUCUGACCCACUAUAGGCCCCAAGGAAGACUAGGAGAUCCUGCUCUGGCCCACUGUAGCCCCCCAGGAAGACUAGGAGAUCCUGCUCUGGCCCACUGUAGCCCCCCACAAAGACUAGGAGAUCCUGCUAUGAGCCACUGUAGCCCCCCAGGAAGACUAGGAGAUCCUGCUCUGACCCACUGUAGCCCCCCAGGAAGACUAGGAGAUCCUGCUCUGACCCAUCUCCCCGUAAUCAGACCCUCACUCUUCUCUCAGUUCACCUUAGUUGAUACCACCCCCUCAAACACUAGAACCCUGCUAACCUCUUCUUCAUCUCCCUCCCCUUUAACAAACACUGUUACAUCCUCAACAUAAGCCGUCUCCCCACCUACUGCCCUUGGAACUGACAACCUCUGCAGCCUCUCCCUCAGCCUACACAGCUGUGGUUCUAUGUCUAAACAGUAGAGAUGACCCGAGAGUGGACACCCCUGCCGAAUCCCUCUACUAACUGAGACUGGCCGGCUCAGCCUACCCCCCACUUUUACCAUAUCAGAAGCCCCCAGAGUACAGUAGCUUGACCUAUGAUUUUAAACCCGCUACCCAGGCCAACAAUUCCAUGGUUUUAAACAGAUAGAUAUGAGUCACAUGACACACUCUAUCAAAAUCUAUCAGAUCCUGAUCAUACAUUGUGUUGAUGUCUAUCACAUCUCUCAAAAUAAACAAGUUUUCCAUGAUUUUCUGCCCAGGCAUAUAGUAUGCCUGGUCCCUGUGAACUAUGGUGUCCAAACAACCUUUCAGCCGAUUUGCUUGAACAAUAUUUUCUAAUCCAAGAAGAGCAACGACAUCCGCCUGCAGUUCUUUAAUGGAGUUAAGUCCCCCUUUCUCAGCAGUAGAGACAGUACUUCCCGCUAGCAGCUGAUUGGUAGUACAGAGUUCUCAAAGGACUCCCGAAAGAUCUCCAAGAGGUCCCUCCCAGUACACCACAGGAACGUUUAUAAAACUCAGCUGUUAGUCCAUCGACCCUCAGCGCACGGCCUGCUGCUGUUAGUUCCUGAAAUGAAAGAUCACUAUCCAGCCCAGCACUCUGGCUCAAGCAAAGGCAACGUCUGCAGAGCUGAGCACACUGAGGAUGAUUGUUGCAGUCUCCGUAGAGGUCUGACUUCUAGUCAAUAGUCACCCUCGUCAUCUCCGCUGGAUUCGAGAUCAGACAACUCGAGUGACGCCGUAGAUGGAACAUCUGCUUCUGCUGCGCCGACUUCCUCUCCAGGUUGAAGAAAAACGCACUCGAAGCAUCCAUGUCUGUCAGGGUGGCAAUCCGUGCUCUAAUAAGUGCCCCCUUCACCUGAUCCUGUAAAAAAGAACCCAUCUGCGUCUGCUUAGCCCUAACUCCCUCUCUGACACUGAGUUCUGCUGCCCAGUAAGGCAGAAAUGUCUCUACUAUCCUUCUCUAACCUCUGCCAAGUAGACCUUAUCCUAGCUGUCCCAUCGGCAGAGUACUGCUGGCAAAACACCCUUAUUUGUUUUCACCACAUUCCACCAUUGUCUCAAACUCAGCUUUCCUCCCUUUCCAAGUCUCAACAAAUAAUCUCAAAUCAAAUCAACGUUUAUUUGUGUGCCCCGAAUACAACAGGUGU